AUGAAAGAAUUUGACUUAAAAAUUGCAAACGAAGAAAUGCAAUGUGCAAUUUGCUUAAAAAUUCUUCAACUCAAUGAAAUUUCUGCAUUACGUUGUGGUCAUACAUUUCAUUAUGAAUGUAUUUUACGAAAAAUUCAAAUUAAACAUAAAUGCCCGGUAUGUGACGAAGUGGCAGGUGCAAGUAGUAUUAUUCAGCGUAUAUUUCUUGAUAUCCACGAGAAAAAUGAGAAAAGUUCAAAAAUGGAAGAUACAAGUGAAUUAGUAAAUGAGAUUAGAGGUAAUCUGAGCAAAGUGGAAACAGAACUUGAACUUAUUCAUUUCCGUAUGGAACACAGUUCGGCACUACUACGAGUACUGUCACAUAUGCUAAGCAUUUGUGUCAAAGCUCUUCGAAUGUGA